AAUUACAUUUUAUUACACUAAUGGUAUUGGUUAGCGGAUAUUGUGGUAGUGUAUAACAGCUAGCGUUAAUAAUUGUUACUAACUGAGCAACAUAGGUGCUGUCGAUAAAGCGCAGAAGCGAUUCAUUUUAAUUAAGAACAGUUAACAGAAUAAGUGAGUGAAGGAAAAAUGGGGCGCUCAUCCAAAGACAAACGCGAUAUCUACUACAGGCUGGCGAAGGAGGAGGGCUGGAGAGCGAGAAGUGCCUUCAAACUCCUGCAGCUGGAUGAGGAGUUCAACCUUUUUAAAGGUGUUAGUCGUGCUGUGGAUCUGUGUGCUGCACCUGGCAGCUGGAGUCAAGUUCUGAGCCGCAAACUCCGUGUAAAAGACAAGAGUGAAGACGUGAAGAUUGUGGCGGUUGACCUUCAAGCAAUGGCCCCUUUGCCAGGUGUCACGCAAAUUCAAGGAGACAUCACCAAGAUUUCUACAGCACAGGAGAUUAUUCGACAUUUUGCAGGACAGUCUGCAGACUUGGUUGUGUGUGACGGAGCCCCUGAUGUUACAGGUCUUCAUGAUGUAGAUGAAUACAUUCAGGCACAGCUCCUGUUGGCGGCUCUCAACAUCACCACACAUGUUCUCAAACCAGGUGGAAACUUUGUUGCAAAAAUCUUCAGGGGGAAAGAUGUGACCCUGCUGUACUCCCAGCUUAAGAUCUUCUUCAGCUCUGUAACCUGUGCCAAACCACGCAGCAGCCGCAACUCUAGCAUAGAGGCAUUUGUGGUGUGUCAGAAUUACUCUCCACCUGAAGGUUAUGUCCCCAACAUGUCUAAUCCUUUACUGGAUCACUCUUACGAUGUCGACUUCAACCAGCUAGAGGGGCCAAACCGAAUAAUAGUUCCUUUCCUUGCUUGUGGAGAUCUCAGUGCCUUUGAUUCGGAUAGAACUUACCCACUUCAGCUCGAUUCUAGUAAAGAGUACCAGUAUUUACCGCCCACCCAACCUCCGAUUCAGCCACCGUACCAGCAAGCCUGUCAGCUCCACAAGAAUAACUUGUUAGCCAAAGAGGACUCGCCUUCUGGCGCUCUUGACUCCCUGUCUGCUUUAGAUCUCAACAAAAGUCCAGAUACAGACUCGGGCACAUCAGGAACUUCCCAUUAAUUACUGAUUUAAACAUUUUCUGUUAAAAUGGUUUUAUUGUUUUAUCAAGAUUGAUCAACUUCUAUUUAUAAGAUGCUCCGAGACGAUGAGACGUUUUGUACCUUUGUUUUAAAGUCAUAAACUAUUAAGAAUGACCAACCGUCAUACACUUAAAGGUACAAUUUGUGUAUAUUUAGUUGAAAGUGUUGGUUGAUUAUAAUGUAGUUUCUUUUAUGUAUUUUAUUGGUUCUGUGACUUUUACAGCACAGAGAAACUACCUUGAGUUUGAACUUUUAACCACAGCUCCACAUGUUAAUAAAAUGCACAUAGCCAAAUUUACCAUGA